AUGACAACUAUUCAAGUUCUAGAAAUUGUCAUUAGAAAUUUGACUGUCAUUUGUCAUAUCUCACAGCCUGCAGACUGGGAGGAUAGGGAAUAUAUUGAUGAUCCUAGUGAGGUUAAACCUGAGGGAUAUGAUUCAAUUCCAAAAGAAAUUCCAGACCCAAAAGCUAAAGAGCCUCAUAACUGGGAUGAUGAAGAGAAUGGUGCGUGGAAACCCCCAAAGGUACCUAAUCCAGCGUAUAAAGGACCAUGGAAGCCCAAGAAAAUUAAGAACCCCAAUUAUAAAGGAAAAUGGAAGACUCCUUGGAUUGAUAAUCCAGAGUUUGAAGAUGACCCUGAUGUUUAUGGGCUUAAGCCAAUUAAGUAUGUAGGAAUUGAGGUUUGGCAGGUAAAGGGUGGGUCAGUUUACGACAAUGUUUUGAUCUGUGAUGACCCAGAUUAUGCAACACAAGUUGUGGAAGAAGUAUUUGCAAACAGGGAGAUUGAAAAAGAGGCCUUUGAGGAAGCAGAGAAAGUGAGAAAAGCACGAGAGGAAGAGGAAGCUCAAAGAGCAAGACAAGAAGGUGAAAGGAGGAGAAGAGAGCGGGGUUAUGAUCGACGGUACAGGGAUAGAUAUAAGGACAGAUACAGAAGGGACCGUCGUGAUUACAUGGAUGAUUACCAUAAAUUUCUACUGAACAAACGUGAAAUGGAGUUGUUGAAGUUAGAAAACAAGGUUAGGUUUAUCCUUGCAGUUGUGAAGGGAGAGAUCAUUGUAAGUAAUAGGAAGAGAGCUGCUCUGUUUGUUGAGCUGCAAACAAAAGGUUUCACUCCUUUUCCAAAGAAAACUAAAGUUGUCGAGGCAGAAGUUGCUGGUGCAACUGAUGAUACAGAAGAAACAGAAGUGAAAUCUCCUGCUGACAGCAGUAGUAAUGGGGUACAGAUAAGUGAUUAUGAGUAUCUACUGGCCAUGGCAAUUGGAAGCUUGACCAUUGAGAAGGUUCAGGAGUUAUGCGCUGAAAGGGAUAAGGUCAAUAAGGAGGUUGAUGAUUUGAGAAAGGAAACUCCAAAGUCCUUUUGGAGGACAGAUCUUGAUGCUUUGGAGGGGCAACUCGAUGAGCUAGAGAGAAGUGAUGUGAGUCAGAGGAGUUAAGAAAGAAAAUGAGAGGCAAAGCAAGGGGUGAAGCUGCUAUGAAGUCUGCUAGACAAGCACCCAAGAACCCACGGAAGAACAAUAAUAAGAAGGCAAAUAAUGCAGAAUCUGUUGCAGAAGCUGUCUCGUCAUCUGUGGCUGCAAGGGAAAUUGAGAAAGCUCCUGAGGCAGCAAAACCCAAAGACAGAGCAGGCUCUAGGAAAGCUCCUGCCAUGGAGACUGAAGUGCCCAAAGUACCAGCCAAGAAGAAAGAACCUAGCAAAAGGGCUGCUGCUGCACAGAAGAAGAAGCCCUUGGCAACUGUUUCGGAGAUAUCUGAUGAUGAUGAUGAUGAUUAAACUGGCUUUAAUGACAUUGAUGAUGAUGAUGAUGAUGAAGAUAGUGAGAUAGAAGUUGUAGCUACUCCAGAAGCGAGGAAAAAGGGCGGGGAAAACUGGCUGUAAAUGCUAAGGCAGUUAAGGCCCCUGCAGCGGCAAAGAAGAGAGGUGCAGCGAAUAAGCAGCAGCCUCAGACAUUGGCCCAGAAGCUUUUAACUGACAUGUUAAAGCCUGCUGAAAAUUCCAGGAUUUCACUGGAGAAGAAAGUGAGAAACAUGAGGGCAUCUCCAUUCAACAAGAAAAGUGGUUCUGUGUUGGGAAGGGUUGGUAAGGUAAAUGAAGUGACUGAAAAUGAAGAAAAUUCGGGUUCUGCUUCUACUUCUGCCAGUACUGAAGAAACUAUUG